UUAAAUGAACAAUUGAAAGUAAACCGUUUUUUUGUCAUUCAAAUUUUAUUUAUUCAGUCACAUUCUGCUUAUCCUUUUCUCUGUUUCCCCUUUUUCCUUCUUUCUUUCCUCUAACAUUACCUUUCUUACAUCAUGUUGAUCCCAAGAGAUCAACAACAAAUCCUAAACCAGAAGACGAUGAAAGUAAAUUCGUUUCCCCUUUUCGCUCUCUCACUCUCUUUCUUUGCUCCCUGAUUUAAAAUAUAAAGAGAAUAAGACUGAAUAAGCCAAUGUGUUCUAUUCCUCUCUAAUUUCUCGUUACCUAAUUUCAUCUUUUCUUUACCGGUUUCCCAUUUUUUUUAUUUAUUAUAAGUACCUUUGCCUUGGUCUUUUGUACCACCAAUUUGGAUUAUAGUUUUGCUCGACAAUCAACAUUCGGACAUACAUUGUUUAAGGACCUGGUUUAACCAUGAACCAAGAUAGUACUUCGGACACUGUUGUCAACAGUCUUUCUUCCGAAUUGGAAGCCCUCAAGGAAAUUUAUCUUAAGGAAUUCCAAACUGAAAACGAAGAAAAUCGAACCAUUGUCUCUGUUAAUUUAUCUCCAUCAACUGCAGAUCUUAAAGAUAAACAAUACGUUUGUUUGACGCUCCAACUCACUGUUUGUAAUGAUAAGUAUCCCCAAGAGUCUCCACUGAUCCACAUUCGCAAUCCUCGAGGUCUCAGUGAGGAAACUGUUACAAGGAUUAUCGCUGAUCUUAACAAAAUUGCUGAAGACAGGAAAGGCACAAAUAUGCUUUAUCAUUUAAUUGAUUUUGUUAAAGAAUCUUUAACCUCCAAUAAUUUCCCAAGUGAUAAAUGUAUGAUAUGUCUUUAUGAAUUCACCAAGGAAGAUGUAUUCGUGGUUACCAAAUGUUUUCAUCAUUUUCACUGUUAUUGUUUAGCUCACUACAUACAGAAAACAGAGGCAGAAUCAACAGAAGCGAAUGGACCUGCUAAUGGAGAAAAGUCUAGUGAUAGUGAUUCUCAACCAUGUCCCGUUUGCCGUGAAGAUCAAGAUUUUACUAGCUUAGUAAAACAAGUUGAUUAUCCACCACCUUCCUUGUCGAGUAAGCCUAUUCCAGGAGAAAAUGUCAUUCUGGAGGAAGCCAGACAGAAGCAAGAAUCGUUCGCACCAAUAUUUGAGAAGCAGCAGCAGCAAGGUGGUAUCAUCAACGAGGAGGAAGAAAAGAACAAGUUUUUACUUCGAACAUCAGACUCAAAUGCAAGCAAUCCCAGUUCAUCAACCAGUGAAUCUACUUCUAAACAGAAUUCACCUUCAAAAUCUUCAGAAACUUUGAAAGCUAGUGUGAUAUCAGCUGAUACCAAUCCAGUUCCACAAGAGAAAGUUAAAGAUGAUGCUAAGUCAGGAUCAGUUGAAUCUUCCACUUCUAAUGGACACCUCACAAAUGAGAACAAAGUAGACGAAAAGGAAGAAGAUGGUGAUGACAAAAAUGAAGAAUGGUCUGAUGCUAAGCCAGAAAUAUCUUCGGAUAUUGUUGAAGUCAAAGACGAAUCUAAGGAUGAAUCCAAAACAUCUACUGAAUCAAAGACAGAUGAUCCGUCCAAAUCUGAAGCUGGUUCAAACAAGGAAGAAACUGAGAUUACCAAUGGCAAAACAGAGAGUGAGACUGAAGCUAAAGAUAGUGCAGCAGAAAAAGAUGGUAGCAAAGAUAAAUCAAAGCGCAACAAAUCUAGUCGUCGAAACUCACGACGAAAUCGAACAAGAUCUUCGGGACGAAGAGCAAGUGCCGGAGAUGGAACCACUAAGACUACUAAUGGUGAUGAUGUUUCUCAAAAUAACGGUCGACGUAAUCGUUCUCGACGACGAAACCGAACCAAUAGUUAUGAUCCAAAUACAUAUGGAGGUGACCCCAGAUCUCAAAAUUACCGACCAAAUAAUCGUGGACAACCUCGAAUGCGAGGACGUGGUCGAAACAAUAAUGUUGGUUACUCAAGUAAUGGAGGUCUUCCAUCUCCCCCAUACAAGCGCAAUUUCGGUACUGCAUCUUAUGCUGAAGAGAAUAGUAACUAUCGAUCUGAUGCUUACUCUCAAGACACCUAUCGUGAUCGUGAUAGACCUGGUUUCUAUGCUGCUCGUGUCAUUAGGCCGAGUGUGGGAAACAAUGCAAACACUAAAGUUCGAAAUGGAACAAGAGGAAGUGAAGAUUCUUCCAAAGCAAGUAUCUCUCCUCAAGCAGAUUCCAGCGAAGUAACUCAAAGUACAAGUGAACAAGAGCAGCAAACUCGAACCCGCAGUCGAAGUAAGAACAAGCGAAGGAAUCGACGAAAUCGCACAGCAAGUCGAAGCCAAAAUGGACGUCAUAGUGAAAGUGAUUAUCAAAAUUCCAAUCAACAAGGGAAUGACUACUCAAAUUCUAACUCUAACAAGAUGAAUAACCGUCAAGGUUAUAAUUAUAACUACAAUAACUACAGAUCUCAAGGUUCAUAUGGGCGUAGUUCAUAUGGAGGAGGCUAUUAUAAUGGUAAUUAUCCAAACUUUAGCUAUGGGUAUAGUGCUAACUACAAUGGAUACGGAAAUGGGUAUAAUAAUAAUUAUAAUAACAAUUACUAUGGUCGUUACAAUGGAAAUUAUGGAAACUAUUAUCGUCAAAGGCCUAACUACAAUCGAGUUCAACAGCGUAAUGAUAAUUAUCGACCCAACUACAAGCCCAGAAAAAGGACUGAUACUGGACAAAGCCAGUCGUCUGUAAAAUCAAACAGCAAUAAUAAGACGACAGAGACUGUCCCAGUUCAGACUGAAAAUGGAACUGUGGUUGAAAUUGUUGCUUAAAUUUCGAAAUUUACAUUUAAAAAAUUUGUAUCUCUUUUGUCACUACCCUUUGCCGUAAUACUUAAUCUUUAGAUUCAAUUCGGCAGUUAUAAUCUGUAAUCAGAUUAAGAAAAAAAA